AUGCGUCUCCCUUACGUCGCCGAUCCUCCCCCGGUCCAAACCGAGCAAGAUGCCGCCAUCGUGCAGCGCAUCCGAGACCCAGACGGCUGGAACUCAUUCCUCGGUGCCGUCCGCACCAAGACCUCUCUCACGGAUGAUGUGCGCGAGCUGGCUAUUUCGCGCGUCGCCGUGUGCAACAAGGCGUGGUAUGAAUGGGGUCACCACGCGCCCCUGGCCAUCAAGGGCGGCGUGAGCGAGGAUGCCAUGGAAACUGUCAAGAGAGACUCGUUGGGGGAGAGGCCGGAGGGACUGUUGAGCGAGAAGCAGUGGGCGGCGCUGGUGUAUGCGGAUGAGAUGACCAAAAAUGUGCAAGUCGCGGACGAGACGUUUGCGGCGUUGAAGCAGCACUUUAAUGAUCAGGAGGUUGUAGAGAUAACGGCGACGGUCGCUGCCUACAACUGUGUGAGCAGAUUCCUGGUCGCUCUGGAUGUGGGCGAGAAGAAUGGUACUGGCCCAGGUGCUUUAUCUGCUCAUUGA